CUUCUCUAUAGUAAAAACACUAAUUUAUUUCUUACAAAAAAUCGGCUGCUUUUGUCUGAUGUGAAGGAGGAAAUUGCUUGGCUUGAAGUACCUUUCACUUUGCUUAUGAAGCUUUUUAGUACAUCACGUGUCCGCUCCUUAGAAAAAGAAAAAAAAAACUGCUUUUGUUUGUAUAUUAACUCACCAACGAUUCUUGCUUGAUCCUUUAGCUGUUCCCUUCGUUUCGUUGAUCAGUCUGUAAAUUGCAGGUUCUUUUUUCUGCCUUUCUAGCUCCGUUAACCACUAGGCUCUUCUUCUUCUUUCCCUUUUUCUUUGACUUGCUAUUAUCUUUCAACUUUCUUGCCUGUUGUUGAUGCAUUUCUUGUGGUGGGUUGGCGUCCAAAUCAUGAUUUAAAGUUCAUAAUUCCGCAUGUGGGUUUUCCGUUUUAAAGUUCUUGAAGUGAAUUGUAAUUAUAUUUUGAUUGUUAGAAUUCAAUACUGAAUCUCGCUUUUUGGAUUGUUCCAAGGAGGAUGGGAUUUAGGGCUGUUCGUUCUUGGACUUUGGCUGGUCUUAUAAUGGCCUUUGUUGACCUUGCUAUUGCUUAUACCUUGCUAUGUGGAUCUGCUUUUGCAUUUUUACCAUCAAAAUUGUUGAGUAUAUUUGGACUUUAUUUUCCAUGCCCCUGUAGUGGGUUUUUUGGGUACCAAAACAACGAUCUGUGCUUUCACAGUCUGCUAAUUGAUUGGCCUAGAAGAAAGAUCAUUACUGUUCAGGAGUUGGCGAAGAAUAGGUUCCCUUUUGACUUGAUUUGGUUAGAACAUCAAUCCUGCAAUUUGCAUGUAGAAGGAAUUGGCAUUAGAAAAUAUGCAAAUGGGAAUUUUGAAUUGGAGGGAGAACCAUGCUCUAGUUCCAAUUCAGGUCCAACAUGGCAAAGUUCUGUUGAUAAAGAAAGUGGGUGUAAUUCUAAGGGGAAGGUUAUUGUGAAUCAGAAGCAGAAGUCCGGGAUCCGGCGGCGAAGAAGAGUUGCUCUUGGAUAUGGAAAUCUCUCUUCUGCUUUAUCUUCUACCAGUGCUAGCACACAUUUAGCUGGUAUAGGAGUUCCUCACCCUCUUCAUGAUAGCAGUGGUGUGAGAAGCGAGUUCAGCGAGAACCUGGAUCCUGGAAGCAGCAUAGAAGACAGUUUCCUAGGUGAUCAAAAUGCUCCAAACAGUACUGAUUUCAUUGAAAGCAUGAGGCAUAGUUUUGAUUUUGGUGGAUCCUCUGUUGAAAAGUUUUCCAGUAAUACUGAAGACAAGCUGUGUAGUGUUGGAAAUGAUGCAAAUGUGAUCCGAGUGUUGAAACAAGCACUUGAGGAAGAAAAAGCUGCCCAUGCAGCUCUUUACCAGGAGUUGGAGAAAGAGAGGGCAGCUGCUGCAACUGCAGCUGAUGAAGCCUUGGCAAUGAUAUUGCGGUUGCAAGAGGAUAAGGCGUCUAUUGAAAUGGAAGCGAGGCAGUAUCACAGGUUGAUAGAAGAAAAAUUCGUUUACGAUGAAGAGGAGAUGAAAAUUUUGAAAGAGAUCCUUGUCAGGAGGGAGAAGGAGAUCCAUUUUCUAGAGAAGGAACUUGAUGCUUAUGAGCAGAUGAACUUUUUGGGAAAUGAGCAGGCUGGAGUUAAUUCAAUCUAUGAGAUAAAUGACACAGAGGGGGAGUCUUCACUUUCUGUUGAUUCAAAUGUGAAUCCACCACCAGUGCCGCAGCAGAUUGAGAACAGAAAAUUCGUCAGUGAGAAGAGAGUGGAAACUAUUGGAAAACAGCCAUCAAAUUAUGAGCAUAACCAUACUCUUGCUUUUGAGAAAGAAAUGAUAACCGAGGACUUAGCUUCUGACUUAUCCACUUCACAGGAAUUGGUACAGAAAACUGUUAGUGUAGCAGGGAAAGAAGAAUCAGAAAGGGAUAUCUGCAUGAUAUCACCAGCAAUGAAGGCACCCCGAAAUUGUGGUGCCAUUGAAGGAAAACUGGAGAAAGAUGGGGAACAUCAGAACCAAGCUGGCUGCAACAUUAUGCUCGAUUCAGAAUCAACUGUUUAUGAUGUUCAUGUUGUUGAUGAUACAGCAAUUGUUCAGAGUAGUAAACUUUUGAUCAACUGUCCAACAGUGAGCACAGCAGAAAUUGAGCCUAUUGUUCGUGGGAGCAGUUUUCAUAUGCAUAGCAAGUCGCUAGUGUUGGGUAAUUCACUGUGCAAAAAUUUUAAUAUUGACUCGCAGAGGCAUUCUCCAUCUCCACUCGAUGGUGAAAGGUUAAAAAUUGAUAGUGAAGUUGAAUGGCUCAGAGAGAGGCUGCGAAUAGUGCAAGAGGAAAAAGAAAAGUUGACUUUCUCCGCGGAACAUGGGGAAAGGGUAAAUGCCCAACUGAAACUUGUGGAGGAUGUAGUGAGCCAGCUUCGAGAGAUUCAGCAGCUGAGAGAGCCCUUGCGACAUGCUUCAUUACCACCAACAUCUUCUAAGGCAAGUUUGAAGAGAAGGCAUCGGCGGAGUGCAUCACAGGAAGACUUUGAAAGUGAUUAAAUCAUGUAGCGGGUUCAUCAUAGCUGUUAUAUAGGUUUGCCUCCUGUAUCCUAAGGUAGAAGCCAGAGAACUGUACAUAUGAAUCUGUAAAGUCUGCUUCAGUCAACUGUUUGAAUUAUUAGUUAGUUUUGUUUGAUAUUUUGCAGCCUUGUAGAGCAUAAAAGAAUUUUGGUUCUGUAAGUUUUUAAAAAAUAAUGAAAGCUGCUUUACUUUC